CGCGCGGGCACCAAGCGCCUCCACAGCGAGGGCGGCCCCGCGCCGCCGCGCUGCGCCUACGCCGCCCUGCUGUACGGCGGGAGCUGCAGCAUUGCUACCGAUUAUUUCUUGGGCGCGCUCGUGCUCGGAGCUGGGCUGGCUGCGGGGGGCACUGGACCCGAGGCCCCGAGGAAGGUGCUCAUGCACACGAGCGACGUGCCCGCGGCGUACUUGGCAGCGCUGAGUGCUGUCGGGUGGGAGCUGACGGAGGUGGAGUACGUGACCGAUGUGUCGUCGCGCUGCUUCCGGUCGUCGAGCCGAUUCUUCGAGGUCUUCACCAAGCUGCGGGUGCUACAGCUGAAGGACCUGGACCUCGUGCUCCUCCUGGACACCGACCUCCUCGUGCGCGACGCCACCGAGAUGGCCACCCUCUUCCAGCUGUCCCCUCCAGCCGCCAUGAUAGGGGUCGGCGGGUCCGCGGGCGCCGCGGCUUCGCCUCGCCCGCGCACGGCCGCCGAGUGCCCUACACGGCGGUCUGGAGCGACCCCGAGCGGCGCCGCAGGGAGCGGCUGCCCUCCCACGGCCAGGGGUGCGGCAUCAACGCGGGCGUGGUGCUGCUGCGGCCCGACCCCGAGGUGUUCGAGGUGAUGCGCGGCGGCGAGCUCGCAGACUGGUCCCACCCAGAGCACGUCGAGACGAUGAUGCCCGAGCAGGAGUACCUCGGCAGAUCCGAGGGCGCCUGCGGCGAGGCAUCGCCGCCCCCUGCCUCUCUGUGGGGGGCACCUGGGUUGCCCAUCGGUGGGGGCGUUAGCUCGGCCAAGCUGUCAUUCGAUUACGCGGCCCUUCAGCUGUUGGUGA